CUGAUAGAGGACCAGAGGCCUCCUCCUCCUUCUCCUCCUCCUCCAACAGAACCAGUGUUAUCGCCCGUCAGGUAACAGAACUCCUCUCUGAUGUCAGCAGGAGUAACUGGAACCGUGUGGACCCGACCGGACCGGAUCCCCGCCUCCUCUCUCCGCUGUUAGGAGAACAUGGCGCAUUCUCUCUGGAUUAACGCUCACCAAGGAACACUUUGGGAAGUCGCCUCUAAGCAGGGAAGUCUGACUUGUUCCGAUAGCUAAGCGAGAGUCUGGAUGGUGUCUGGAGCUUUUCUGGUCCUGCCUCGGAACCGCGGCGGUGGGAGCGAAGUUUGGAGCUGCUGUCGCCGGAUUUAGCGGAGAUGGAAAAGCAGAAAGCGAGGAAAGAGAAGUUCUCUCUCUUCGGCUCUCGCUCCGGCAGCAGAACCACCAACCCUCCCUCUUUGUCGUCAUCGUCCUCCUCACCUGUGAUCCCUUCAGCCCCUGUGGGGACACGGGCAGAUCGACUGUCUGACUCCUGCCCUGCAGUCCUGAGCAAAGCUGAAUUCCUGGAGCGUGUGCGGCGCAGUAACCAAGCCUGCCAGCAGGGGGAGUUUGCACUGGCUGCGCGUCUUUAUAGUGAGGCCCUUUCCGCAGAUCCACAGAACUGCAUCCUGUACAGCAAUCGCUCAGCAGCUAAUCUAAGAUUGGGUCAGUACAGUGCGGCUCUGGACGAUGCCAUCAAAGCUCGACUCAUCAACCCCAAAUGGCCCAAGGCUUACUUUCGUCAGGGGGUUGCCCUUCAGUAUCUGGGUCGUCAUGCCGAUGCCCUGGCAGCUUUUGCCUCCGGCCUCUCUCAAGACCCCAAGAGCCUCCAGCUGCUUGUCGGCAUGGUAGAGGCUGCAAUGAAAUCCCCGCUCAGAGACACUCUAGAAGCAACCUACCGACAGCUGCAGAAGAUGAAGCUGGACAAGAGCCCCUUUGUUGUCGUGUCCAUUAUCGGCCAAGAGUUGCUGACACACAGUUACUAUGGAGCCUCGGUUGUAGUGCUGGAAGCAGGGCUUAAGAUCGGGACCUGCUCACUGAAGCUGCGUGGAUCCGUCUUCUCUGCCCUCAGCUCUGCAUACUGGUCUCUAGGCAACGCGGAGAAGAGCGUGGCUUACAUGCUGCAGGACCUGGAGGUGACGAAGACUUUAGGUGACCAGCCAGGUGAAUGCCGUGCUCAUGGGAACCUUGGCUCUGCCUUCUUUUCUAAAAGUAAUUACAGAGAGGCGCUUGCCCAUCACAGAAACCAGUUGGUGUUGGCCAUGAAGCUCAAGGACAGAGAGGCUGCAUCCGGCGCCCUCAGCAGUCUGGGCCACGUGUACACGGCCAUAGGGGACUACCCCAAUUCUCUGGCCAGCCACAAACAGUGUGUGCUGUUGGCUCGGCAGACCCAAAGUCAGCUCUCUGAGGCUCGCCAACUGGGCAACGUGGGUGCUGUUUACACGGCGCUCGGCGACUUCACCAACGCUGUGCAGUGCCAUGAGCAGCAUUUAGACAUCGCUAAGACUUUAGAGAACCGGCGGGAGGAGGCGCGGGCGUACAGUAACCUGGGAAGUGCCUACCACUCUCAGCGGGACUUUGACAAGGCCAUAUCGUACCACACAAGAGUUCUGGAGCUAGCACAGGAGCUGGAGGACAGAGCCAUCGAGAUGAGGGCAUACGCCGGUCUGGGGCACGCUGCCAGGUGCAUGCAGGACUUGGAUCGAGCCCGCCAGCACCACCAGAAUCAGUUGAAGAUUGCUCAGGAGCUGCAGGACAGAGCAGCACAGGGACGAGCCUCUUCCAACCUGGGCAUCAUCCAUCAGAUGAAGGGGGAGUAUGAAACGGCGCUGAAGCUCCACAAAGCCCACCUGUCCAUAGCUCAGGAGCUGGCCGACUACGCUGCUCAGGGGAGAGCUUAUGGUAACAUGGGCAAUGCCCAUCAUGCACUCGGUAACUACGACCAGGCAGUACGGUACCAUCGACAGGAGCUGCAGAUUUCUCUGGAGGUGCACGAUCGUCAGUCGCAGGCCUCCACACACGGUAAUCUGGCCGUGGCCUACCAGGCGCUGGGUGCUCAUGAUCGGGCUCUGCAGCACUACCGCCACCACCUUACCAUCGCACGAGAACUUAGAGACACUCAAAGUGAAGCCAGAGCCUUAGCAAACCUGGGUAACUUCCACAGCUGGAAAGGUGAAUAUGCUCAGGCCCUACCCUACUACCAGCAGUACCUGGCUUUGUCCCCUGGUCUGCAGGAUCUGGAAGGAGAAGGAAAAGUUUGUCACAACCUCGGUUAUGCUCACUACUGCCUGGGGCAGUACAGAGAUGCAGUCAGGUAUUAUGAGCAGGACUUGGCCCUGGCUAAAGACCUCCAGGAAAAGUUAGCCCAAGCUAAAGCCUACUGUAACCUCGGUCUGGCCCAUAAAGCUCUGGGAGAGUUCAGCAAAGCAGAGGAGUGUCAGCGAUACCUGCUUUCUCUGGCUCAAGCCCUGGAUAACACACAGGCCAUUUUCAGGGCUUUUGGCAACCUCGGGGAUGUCUAUGUGUGUCGUGGCGACCUCCCGGGGGCAGUGAAGUUCUAUCAGCAGCAGCUGACCCUGGCUCAGAAGGCCAGUGAUCAGAAGAUGGAGGCUGAUGCCUUCGCUGCACUGGGAUCAGCUCACAGGCUGUGCCGCCAGCUGGACGCUGCCUUGUCCUUCCACAGCCAGGAGCUGACUGUCCGCAAAGAUCUGGGAGAUCGGCUGGGGGAGUGCCGGGCCCUCGGCCACCUGGCAGCAGUCCACAUGGCUCUAGGAGACUACAGUACAGCCUUCCAGUGCUAUGAGGCCCAGCUGGGCCUAGCACAGGGACUCAGGGAUGCCCGCCUAGAAGCCCAGGUCCACGGAAACAUGGGCAUCACUAAGAUGAACAUGGGGAUGUUUGAGGAAUCUAUAGGAUACUUUGAGCAGCAGCUGGCUAUGCUGCAGCAGCUGAGUAGCAGUGAGGGCAUGCUGGACCGAGGCCGGGCCUAUGGUAACCUGGCAGACUGCUACAAUGCACUGGGAGAUUACGAGGAGGCUAUCCAGUACUAUGAGAAAUACUUGACAGUAGCUCAAUGUCUCAAUCAUGUCCAGGACCAAGAGAAGGCCUAUAGAGGACUUGGCAAUGCAUACAGGUCCAUGGGUAGUCUCCAACAAGCACUGGUGUGCUUCGAGAAGCACCUGGUGGUAGCCCAUGAGCUAGGCGGGGAAGGAGGGGGUAAGGCGCAAGCUUAUGGGGAGCUGGGCACCUUACAUAGCCAGCUGGGCAACUAUGAGCAGGCCCUCUCCUGUCUGGAGCACCAGCUGAACAUUGCACGCUCAGCUGGGGAUAAAUCCCUGGAGGCAGAGGCAAGCGAUGCACUUGGAGGCGUAUAUCAGCUGAUGGCAGACAAUGAAACAGCUCUACAGUGGCACCAGAGGGCGUUGGACAUUUCUGAGCAGACGGGGUGUGUGAGGAGUCAGGGGCGAGCCUAUGGAAACCUGGGCCUAACCUACGAAGCUUUGGGGAACUACGAACGAGCUGUGGUCUUUCAGGAGCAACACCUCAGUGUGGCAGCACAGACAAAUGAUCUGAUGGCUAAAACCCAAGCCUAUGGAAGCCUGGGGAGGACACACCAUGCUCUGCAGAACUACGCCCAGGCUGUGAUGUAUCUACAGGAAGGUCUGCGUCUGGCGGAGCAGUUGGGCCAAAGAGAAGACGAGGCAAAGAUACGCCAUCGCCUCGGGCUUUCUCUGUGGGCUGGCAGAAACCUGGAGGAGGCACAGCACCAGUUGUACCGAGCGUCUGCACUGUUUGAGACAAUUUGCCAAGAGAUGCAGCACAGUCUGGAUUACAAGCUCUCCCUGUUUGAUCUGCAAACCAGCUCAUAUCAGGCUCUCCAGAGGGUCCUUGUUAGCCUAGGUCGACAUGAUGAGGCUCUAGUCAUAGCAGAGCGUGGGCGAACACGUGCAUUUGCUGAUCUUUUGGUUGAACGCCAGAGACGAUGUCAGCAGGCAGCAAGCGCUGGCCCUUACAUCUCGGUCACAGUGGAGCACAUCCUGGAGACGGUCAGUGCUCAGAAGGCGCUCAUCCUCUACUUCUCUCUGGCUGGAGGCUUUCUGUACAGCUGGCUGAUAUCACCAGGCACAGGUAUUGUGAAAUUUCACGAGGUGUAUCUGGGCGAAGUGGGGCCAGAGGCUUCUGAGUUCCAGGACGGAGUUGGGAGUCCGCAGGGGACAGGUCAACUGUCUCUGGAGCAGCACAUCUGCAACGCUAGAGAGGCUCUGGGAGUGGACAACCAUUAUAGCAGAGUUUGCCCCGGCAGUGAGACGGAGAGUGAAGCAGGAGAUCUGUUGGAGCAACAGUUUGAGGAGCUGAACAGCAAACUGAGCUCAGCUAACGACUCAACCGGCUACCUCCGUAUGGUCUCCAGAAACAACGUCUUCAACAGAAGCUGCCUGAGCAUGACGAGUCUCUACAGCACAACAGUGUCUCCUGUGAAGGACAGGUUAUCUUCUCCUCUUUACCGACCAAGCAACAUUAGCAAACCUCCUCUACGGGCCCUGUAUGAUUUACUGAUAGCCCCGAUGGAAGGGGGCCUGAUGCACAGUAGUGGGCCUGUUGGCAGGAACAGGCAGCUUGUUUUAGUUCUGGAGGGAGAAUUGUACCUGAUCCCAUUUGCCUUGCUCAAAGGCAGCUCCUCUAAUGAGUAUCUGUAUGAAAGGUUCAGUCUCAUCUCUGUGCCUUCUUUAUCCAGCCUCCAAGCCACAACCAAGCCUCAGCCCCGCUGCAGUGGCUCCUUGCUUUGCCCAGAUGGAAGCUCAGUGGCUGCCGUGGUCGGUGCUCCUAGUCUGCCCCCCAGUGUGAUGGAUCGCUGGCUGUGGGGGCCCUUACCCUCAGCCCAAGAUGAGGCCCUUUGGCUAGGGGAGCAGCUGGGUUGUCAUCCCCUGACUGGAGCAAACCCAACGAAGGAGCGAGUUUUAGCAUCUCUGACUCAGGCUGAGUGUGUUCACUUUGCAACUCACAUAUCCUGGAAGCUCGCUGCACUGGUCCUGGCCCCCAGCCAAGAGCGGGCCAGAGGGGAGGGUACGGACAUUCAACCCAGGGUAAAACCUCUAUGUGUGGCAUCGACGUCGGGUGAAGCUCUGGAUCAGAGAGGAAAGGUCAACCAUCUGUUUCCUAAAAGCCACAGCAGCCCAGAGAGGCUCAGAGAGGAGACAAGUGAGGAUGAGGAGAGUGUGUGUGAAGUGGAGAGUGUGUGUGAUAGCCCACCUCUUCAGGACUUUCUGCUUACUGCUGCUGAUAUACUGGACCUGUCUCUGACAGUCAAAUUGGUGGUUCUGAGGUUGUUUCCAGAAUCCAGCUGCAGAGUCACAUCUGACGGAGUGGUGGGUCUGACCCGAGCCUUCCUGGCUGCAGGCGUUCAGUGUGUGUGCAUCUCUCUGUGGCCUGUACCAAUCGCUGCCUCCAAACUGUUCACACACACAUUCUACACCGCCCUCCUAAAUGGAACCAAAGCCAGCGUUGCUCUGACCGAGGCCAUGAAGACACUACAGACCAGCAAGCACUUUUCACACCCCUCCAACUGGGCCGGUUAUAUGCUGAUUGGCAGUGAUGUAAUGCUCAACAGCCCCAUGUCUCUGGUUGGACAGGCCCUGGCAGAGAUCCUUCAGCACCCAGAGAGAGCCAGGGAUGCCCUCAGGGUGCUGCUGCACUUGGUUGAAAAGUCUUUGCAGCGAAUUCAGAGCGGUCACUGUAACCCUAUGUACACAUCUCAGCAAAGCGUUGAAAAUAAGGUCAGAGGGGUUCCCGGGUGGCAGGCUCUACUGUCUGCUGUGGGCUUCCGGGUAGACUCCUCUGGUAGUGCUGCUGGACUCCCUGCAGCAGUUUUCUUCCCAACAUCAGACCCUGGAGAUCGUCUGCAGCAGUGCAGCACCACUCUACAGUCUCUACUUGGUCUGACUCCUCCAGCACUACAAGCUCUCUGUAAACUGGUCACAGCAUCUGAAGCAGGAGAACAGCUCAUCCACAAGGCGGUUAAAAGCAUGGUGGAAAUGCUUCAUCAAGUGCUGGUUCAGCUGCACUCAAGUGACAAGGAGCAAGACUUCCCUCUGACUCCUGUUCAAGUGUCGAUAAGUGUGCAGCUCUGGAGGCUCCCGGGAUGCCACGAGUUCCUGGCUGCGCUUGGUUUUGACCUGUGUGAGGUGGGUCAGGAGGAAGUUGUGUUGAAGACUGGAAAACAGGCCAGCAUACGCAACAUGCAUUUUGCCCUUCAGUCUCUCCUCGCUCUGUUUGACUCCACAGAGCUUCCUAAACGGCUGAGCAUGGACAGUUCCUCCUCUCUGGAGUCUCUGUCCUCCUCCCAGUCAGCGUCUCAGCCUCAGUCUUUACCCGUUUCCCUCGGCUGCUACCCCCCUCAGCCUUCCUUACCCCCCAUCUGCUCAGACAACCUCUCCUGCGAUGCCAUCUCCGUCUACAGCCUCAGCUCCCUCGCCUCCUCUCUCAGCUUCCUGUCUCGUCCUGAGCCUGCAGGAAGUGACGUCAUCAGCCAGCGGUCACAGCAGCAGGAACCCAAAAGGCAAUGUGGAGGGCCGGGUCCAUCGCAUCGCAGUUUGGGUGGCCUGUCCAGAGGCUGCCUGACCAAUCACAGAGGAGGCCUUGUUGGAGGAGAGGAUGAGGAGUAUCAGGGGUUCUCCAUCAUAAGCAGUGAGCCACUGGGUGGAGUGGGCAGGGAGUGUGACACUCUGCCAUUGCCUGCAGGACACAAACAUGGUAGAGGGGCCUCUACAUUGAGCCACCCUCUGGCAGUUUCCUCCAAAGGAAGCAUCAGCACACCUACAUCUCCACUGAAAGCUCCACCACUGCGCCUAACCUCCCCUCCCAGCCUCAAAGGGAAACAGGAAGUCCCAUCACCCCUACGGACUGGAAAAGGGAAGAUCAGCAGCUCUGAGUCAGACCAGUCGAGCACUGAGACGGAUAGCACUGUCAAAUCCCAGGAGGAGAGGAUGGGGCCUGCAGGACAACUGGAUCCACAAGAACUGGCCCAGAAGAUCCUGGAGGAAACCCAGAGCCACAUGCAGGCAGUGGAAAACCUACAGAAAGCCAACAUCAAAGGAAAGGUUCAGAGGAGAGUAGAGGGCCAAGAGGUUGCUAAAGUCAAGCAGCCAUCUCUUUCUACACCCUCAACCCCAACUUUUACUCCUACUAGAGGAGCGCGUGGGUUUCAGCCCUCUGAGACGAGUGCAUUCAGCAGACCACCCAGCAGAGCAAGUCUUAAAGCUGGCUCAUCCCCUCUUUCCGUCUCAACCCGUCUCUCAUCCAUCUCCUCCAUGCCUGUCUCCAAACCUCCUCCAACUCGUCCUAAACCUCCAUCUCGUUCCUCGUCCCUGCAGAAAAUCAGCUCGGGAUACAACAGUCCAGCUAAUUCUUCUCCUCCUUUGUCUCUCUCUGUAAAAGAGAAGCGUUCCCCUCACCAUGUGGGUUCUCCAGAUCCACUCAGACUCAAAUACUCCAGCUCACCUUACACCUCCCACAUCUCCCCUUCACGCUCCCCUGCUGACAGUGCCCCCUCCCCAGCUCUCUCCUAUUCCUCCUCGGGGUCCAUCUCAGCCUCGUCCAGCCCUGCAGACGAGCUCAAGAAGUCAAACACAGAUAAUAAAGUCCAGGCAAGCCAUAAUUUUAAAACUUUGUGGGCCAACGCCAGCCAGAAACAGGAGGUGGCCUGCCCUGCCAGUUUACUCCGAGGUGGGAGUAAAAAAAUGAGCACUGUCCAGAAAGAUGUGUUAGGUUUGCUGAACCUCUCCCCCAGACAGGAGCCUGUCAGGAGAAAUGUAGAUGCACCUGAAGAUCAGAAAACUGAGAUCAGAUCAAACGGUCACCCAAAACGGGAGGAGAAAACGCUUCCAGCAGCUAGUUUCUCAACAAACUCUAAAGGAAACAUUAAGCUUCCCUCUGGGAAUGGAUACAAGUUUCUUUCUCCUGGACAGUUUUUCCCAUCUUCAAAAUGUUGAUUGUUGGGAGGUCUGCUCGGAUGAAAUAUCAGCAUUUUUAAUGAUCCCUGUUGAAGACGAGACUUCGACACCAGCCUGAGUUAACUGUUUUUGUGUAAAUGUUUGAAUGUGAUGACUGUGCCUUCUCACACACCCUGAGAGGCGUUGGAGUCUCUGGCUUUAAUGGUGUUCGUGUUUCUGACUACAGAGCGCCCAUCUUGGCGUACACUUAAAUGUUCUGACAACCAGUCUGGUGACUGGAUGAAAAGGGUUUUAACAUUUUUAUGUUCAGUCCAAACGCUCACUGUGUUUGUGUAAGUUGACCUGAUCUUAAUCUAAAAUUCAUCACAUAAUAAUAAUUCUUUUUAAAUGUUACGAUCAUCAAUUAGCCCUUACUUUUUUCCACUCAGUGUUACACAUUUUAUAAAGACAGGGCACCAGAAAACACUGAUAUUUUUAUGAAGGAUGUGUUUCAUGUGUGAUUGUUAACCCACUGCUGUUAAGUGUUUUCUUAAAUUUCUACUGAAAUGUUGAACUUUGCAGUUUUGCCAUUCAGGAAAACCUUGAUUUUCAUCAAAAAAUAAAAGUUUAUUAUUCUUC